UUUCUUUUAAUUUUUUCCCUCGUCCUGCCUCGAACCUCGGCUUCCCCAGGUAUGACUGCUUCACUGCAGCACCUUGUGCUGGUGCUCCUGCUCUCCAGUGCCACCCUGCUGCUCAGCACUGCGGCUGCUACUCAGAGUGAGGAGCGUCUGUGUGCAUUUAAGGACCCUUAUCAGCAGGACCAUGGAAUCAGUGAGAGCCGAAUCUCCCAGGAAAAUGGCACAAUUUUGUGCAUGAAAGGUAGUACCUGCUACGGACUGUGGGAAAAAACACGAGAAGGAGACAUACAUCUUGUAAAACAAGGUUGCUGGUCUCAUAUAGGAGACCCACAAGAGUGUCACUUUGAGGAGUGUAUAGUUACAACCACCCCUUCCUUGAUUCAGAAUGGAACGUACCGCUUCUGCUGCUGCAGUACAGACUUGUGUAAUGUCAACUUCACAGAAAAUUUUCCACCUCCUGACCCUACUGAUACAACACCUUACAAUUCUUCUCAUUCUUUUCAUCGAGAUGAGACUAUAGUUAUUGCCCUUGCAUCUGUGUCUGUACUGGCUGUUUUGAUUGCUGCUCUGUUCUUUGGAUACAGGAUGCUUGCAGGAGACCGUAAACAAGGUUUGCACAGUAUGAAUAUGAUGGAGGCAGCAGCAUCAGAGCCCUCAUUGGAUCUGGAUAAUCUAAAGUUGUUGGAGCUGAUUGGCCGGGGGCGGUAUGGAGCGGUGUACAAAGGUUCCCUAGAUGAACGUCCAGUUGCUGUCAAAGUCUUUUCUUUUGCCAAUCGUCAGAACUUUGUCAAUGAGAGAAACAUUUACAGGAUUCCACUGAUGGAACAUGACAACAUUGCCCGCUUCAUUGUGGGGGAUGAGAGAUUCACUGCAGAUGGCCGCAUGGAAUAUUUAUUGGUGAUGGAAUAUUACCCCAAUGGUUCUUUGUGCAAAUAUUUGAGUCUCCACACAAGUGACUGGGUGAGCUCUUGUCGUCUGGCACACUCUAUAACUAGAGGCUUGGCGUAUCUGCACACGGAGCUACCUCGAGGAGACCAUUACAAGCCUGCAAUAUCCCAUCGUGACUUGAACAGCCGUAAUGUCCUGGUGAAGAAUGAUGGAACAUGUGUAAUUAGUGAUUUUGGGCUCUCCAUGAAGCUGACUGGAAACAGACUGGUACGCCCAGGUGAGGAGGAUAAUGCAGCCAUUAGUGAGGUUGGUACAAUCCGCUAUAUGGCCCCAGAAGUUCUUGAAGGAGCAGUGAACUUGAGGGAUUGUGAAUCUGCAUUGAAACAAGUAGAUAUGUAUGCGCUAGGCCUUAUCUACUGGGAGAUAUUUAUGAGAUGUACAGACCUCUUCCCAGGGGAAUCUGUGCCAGAGUACCAGAUGGCUUUCCAGACAGAAGUCGGAAACCAUCCCACUUUUGAAGAUAUGCAAGUCUUGGUGUCUAGAGAGAAGCAAAGACCAAAAUUCCCAGAAGCAUGGAAGGAGAACAGCCUGGCUGUGAGGUCGCUUAAAGAAACAAUUGAAGACUGUUGGGAUCAAGAUGCUGAAGCUCGACUAACAGCGCAGUGUGCUGAGGAGAGAAUGGCAGAACUCAUGAUGAUUUGGGAGAGAAAUAAAUCAGUCAGUCCAACCGUCAACCCUAUGUCAACUGCCAUGCAGAAUGAGCGGAAUCUGUCACAUCAUAGACGUGUAUCAAAGAUAAGGCCAUAUCCAGAUUACUCUUCCUCUUCCUACAUUGAAGAUUCAAUCCACCACACUGACAGCAUAGUGAAGAACAUUUCUUCUGAACAUUCAAUGUCCACUACACCACUGACUUCAGGGGAGAAGAACAGAAACUCCAUUAACUACGAGCGGCAGCAAGCGCAAGCUCGCAUCCCUAGUCCUGAGACAAGUGUCACCAGUUUGUCCACCAACACAACCACCACCAAUACAACUGGCCUCACUCCUAGCACUGGCAUGACCACCAUAUCCGAAAUGCCUUAUUCGGAUGAAACAAACUUACAUACCACAAAUGUCAUGCAGCUGGGUGGGCCCACCCCUGUUUGUCUGCAGUUAACAGAGGAGGACUUAGAGACAAAUAAAUUGGAUCCAAAAGAAGUGGAUAAGAACCUGAAAGAAAGCUCUGAUGAGAAUCUGAUGGAACAUUCGCUUAAGCAGUUUAGCGGGCCAGAUCCACUCAGCAGCACUAGUUCCAGCUUGCUUUAUCCACUGAUAAAACUUGCAGUAGAGGUGACAGGACAACAGGACUUCACACAGGCUGGCAAUGGUCAAGCAUGUUUGAUUCCGGAUGUCCCAUCUGCUCAGGUGUAUCCUCUACCCAAGCAACAGAACCUUCCGAAGAGGCCUACAAGCCUCCCCCUGAACACCAAAAAUUCAACAAAGGAGCCACGAUUAAAAUUUGGUGGCAAGCACAAAUCAAACUUGAAGCAAGUGGAAACAGGCGUUGCCAAGAUGAACACUAUCAAUGCUGCAGAACCUCAUGUUGUGACAGUUACCAUGAACGGAGUGGCUGGGAGAAGCCACGGCAUAAACUCUCAUGCUGGCACAACCCAGUAUGCCAAUGGCACGGUGCCGUCUGGCCAGACCACCAGUUCGGUAGCACAAAGGGCCCAGGAAAUCCUCCAGAACCAGUUCAGUGGAGAGGAUAGUCGGCUAAAUAUUAAUUCAAGCCCUGAUGAGCAUGAACCCUUGUUGAGGCGGGAGCAGCAAGCUGGCCAUGAUGAAGGUGUUCUGGACCGUCUAGUAGACAGGAGAGAGCGACCACUGGAUACUGGCAGAACAAAUGCCAACAACAACAACAGUAACCCGUGUCCAGUGCAAGAUGCAGCUACAAUCAGUGUCCAGAAUGUAGUGAGAAAUCCUGGGCAGACCCAGACUAGAAGAGCACAGAGGCCUAACUCGCUGGAUCUAUCAGCCACAAAUAGUUUGGAUAGCAGUAGUAUGCAGUUAGGCGACUCCUCGCAGGACGGCAAAUCAGGCUCAGGAGAAAAGAUCAAGAAACGUGUGAAAACUCCAUACUCCCUGAAGCGGUGGCGUCCUUCCACGUGGGUCAUCUCCACCGAGCCGCUGCACUGCGAGGUCAACAACAACGGCAGCGACCAGGCUGUCCACUCCAAAUCCAGCACUGCCGUUUACCUUGCAGAAGGAGGCGCUGCCACCACAAUGGUGUCUAAGGACGCAGGGGUGAACUGCCUGUGAAAUACUUCAAAAGCCGGCAAAUGACCUUUUUUUUGCAUUAUUUGAAACAACCAUGCGGAAGACAUUUUAAUAAACUGCUUUCUCCUCCUGUCAGCAGCCCCCUCCCAAGGACUCGCUUUAAAUAGAUUUCAGCUAUGCAGAAAAUUUUUAGCUUAUGCUUCCAUAUAAUUUUUUUUUGGUUGUUGUUUUUAUUUUUUUGGAACAUUUUUGCACUUUUGAUUUCGCCUUGCUCGAGUUCAGUCUGUCUGUCCCGACCACGGAAUAUAUAUAUGUGUGUAUCAAAUGUGGUCACAAAAUAUUUUUUUAAGAAAAAAAGUAACAAAAAAAAGUAUUGCUGAUAAUCAGUUUGGACCAGUUUCUUACGGUCACUAAGAUCCGAAGCAGACUAUAAGACAGGUUUGACUGCAGUGGUGUCUUGUUUAACCAUGUUUUGAUUUCUGUGCACAAGCUAGUCUGUAUAUUUCUAUGUUACAAGUGUAUUCUUUUUUGAACCCCCUGUUUUUCUUGUGUCAUGUUGAAAUGUGCAAUAGUCUAUAGUUCACAGUAUGCUUUAUUGAAGAGUGUGUUUCUAAAACUGCCACAUGUUCCCCUUUUUGUAUUUGUUCAUUUUUCCCUGACAGCUGAGCAGUCGGCCGGUCAUGACAGUGAACUUUGCACACCGUAGCCAGCCUGAAGCAGCUGGCUGUAUCACAUUGUGCUCUGAGGUGACAAUGCAUGAAUUUUCCCCAACUUAAAAGGGCUUUUAAAAAGAAACAAAAGAAGAAAAAUCUGAGCUCAGUACUAUACCUUCAAUCCUUCCAGGUCAAAAUGUGUUCCCUUUAUAGUAGUAGGUGCCAGCCUGUGAAGUUCUGAAUAACAAAACUUUGAACAAAUGUAAGGAAACUGUCAGCCGUUUUUUCCAUUUUAUCUUGUGUGCAGUUUCACCCCCUGUGUUUAUGUAAAACCUGAUUUUGAUCACUGAAAAAUACCUUGUAUUCAGAAAUCUUAGUAACUCAUACCGAAAAGCUCUGGUGAAGGCAGGUUGUGAGUGGAUGAUGUAUUUUGUUUACAAAGAGGAAAAAUCAUGACUCCUAUUUGGCACAAAACCAUUCUGUGGUGAGUCACAAAUCUUUCCUCAUUUACCUCCUUACAGACACUCUGGGGUAAAAUCAGCCCCAUUACUUAAGCAGGUAGGUGCAACCUAAUUGACUGUUGUUGCUGAGUUGAGUUAAACUUGUCCUCCCUUCCAAGUUCUUAGAACCCCCAAUUCAUCUUCUUAAAAUGUAUUGCACGCUUUUAGAGCUCAUGGUUCUGAGCUUUUGCGAGGGAGGCUUGGUGUUUCUUCCCUCUGCUUAGACCCUUCUUUCAGCUGUAUGCACAUCGAUUUUUAGGUGUCAGUGAACAUGAAUGUAAAAUCUAUUGAGGUAAAUUGUUCUUCCACCAUCUCAAGUAAAUCUUACCCCUUUUUCAGAAUUAUUGUUUUCAGUCUCUUCUAACAGAAAUUUAAUUUCCUCAUUGGUCAGGACUUCCUUCCACCUGAGAAAUAUUCUUUCUGAUAGAGAACAUUUCAGUAAGAACUACUUUGAUGAAAAAGACGUAACACAUGUCAGUCUUUGGUACUGAGUGAAGUUUUACCACUUGAUCUGAAAACCGAUGCUGUUCAAAGAAAGAAAAUCUAUUCAGUCAGCCUGCCAAAGUCCUGUGGCAGGAUACUGGCAGCAAACAAUUGCCUCCCCCAGCCUGUCACCUUUCAGCUGACUGAAACAGAUGCUCUGUGCUUUCAAGCUCAUUUGUUUCCUUGCUGUUACAUUAUUUUUUCCCCGGAGGUAAACUUUGCCAGCCUUGUUCUUCUAUAUCUGAUGAUACAACAAGCAUAAUAUAUGCCUCGAUAUAUCUGAUUCUUGCUGUUUCCCAAAAUCCUUUGUUUAUGCUUGAUUGCUAUGAUUUUCUCUUGUAAUGUUUCUUAGAUGCUCCUAGAUAUCUCCAAGAGAUAACUAUAAAUCCGUACUUCGAUUAAGUGUAGCUGUAGAAAUACAAGCCAUGAGACACAUUAUGGGCUCCCUAUGCUCCUGAAACACCAGUUCAAGUAGUACCUUUCAUCUCUGAAGCGUAAUGCUGUUAUCCAUCUGUAUAAAUACAGAGUCCUAUCUCCCCUCUUCAAAAAUCCAGCCUUUCUCUGCUUUUACUUUUAAUUCAUUCCCUGGCUCCCCAUCUGCUGCAAUCUCGCAUCCCAGAUGUUGAAAACCUGCCAGUUGCUCAGCUGGGCUUCAAGACCUGAAUCACGAUUUUUGGCAUUCUGUUCAGAAUGCUGGCUUUGGUUUUCUUCUCUUUGGCCUUCUUUGAGUCUCCGGUUGAAGUAUGGUAUGUUGUUCUGUGAUGAUCAUUGUAUCAUGCAUAUUGAAGAUUCUUCAUUCCUUUCCCAAUGACUUUUUGCUUUGCCUUGCAUGUAUCAUCCAUCAGCAUUUCAGAAUGUGGGCCGAGAAGCAUAUUUAGUACACUUAGCUAAUUUGCAACACUCUGAGGGAGAAAAGUGAUUUUUCUCUGACUACUACUUCAUUUUGCUAAGACAGAUCUGCACCAGUCUUCUUCUAGCCUUCCUUUUCAGGCCCAUCCUUUGUAAGAAAUCCAGCUUUAUGCUUGAUGCAAUCAAAGUAAUUUUAAUACCAGAUGAAAAUGUUCUGCAGUUUUCCCUUGAACACUCUUAAAGCAAACAUAAUAGUUUUUAUUCCUUUAUCUAUUUCUGUCACUUGUUGGAGGGUCUCUGGGAUGAAUUAUAAGUAGUAAAAAGUAUUGACUUUGUAAUCUACCAUGGAUAAAUAUAAUCUGUAACAUGAUAGAAAUAUGUAUUUUAUCACAAAAUACAAAACUGAGAAAAACUACUUUUAAAGGUCAGUCAAAACAAGCUCUUAAGUAGGUACCAAAAUACUGUGAUUCUGCACAGCUAGACGAGAUCAGAUUAGCAGUUUGGUUUUAAUGCUUAAUAUAGUAAUGCCCUUUUUUUUGUGCUCACAGCACAUAAUCCACAGAUACUUUCUCUGUCAAUUAAAUGAUAUUGAAUUGUAUCUCAUGUCAUGAGGACUCAUCCUUAACCAAACAAAAUACAUGUAAGAGAGACUUCUUCAGACCAGACACAUGAAUAGUUGAUAAAUGUAAUCAGGGGAGAUGAAAUAUGUUUUAUUUCUUUGUGGUUUUGUUUUUUUUGGUUUUGUUUUUAAGAGAAAUGGAUAAUGAUGAAAGUUGAUAAUUUUCUAUCAAUUUCUCAUGUAUAUUGCAGACAAGAUAAAUAUAGCAAAAUGAAAAUAGAACGAUAGUGUAAAUACUUAUGAAUUGUGCCACUGUCAAAUAGGCAACAGUAGAAUAUUUGCUAUGGUAAUUUAUAAUGUAUAAUUCAAGUAAAAUGUUAGAGCAAACAUUUGUGAUGUUUGUAUAUAUAAGCCAAAAUCUUACUGGUUUUAGGAAACGAUGUGCUAGUAGAAGCCAGAAGAGUUAUUAGGUUAAUGCAUUGUCUCUUUUUCUGUUUCCUAUAGUAGAGAUCCUCAUCAACAUAACAUGGUUUCUAGAAUGUGAAUUCUAACCAUUUGAACAGACAUGCCUCAUAGUCAGAUUUAUUUUCUUCUAAAAUUGAUGUUUGUAAGUCAGACUGUCUGUCACACUUUCCCUGAAUUCCCUUAUAAUGCUCCACGGCUUCAUGUGCUAAGCAAUUCUUACUAACAAUGCCUCUCUUGAAAAUCCAAGAUUAAAUUGCACAGCUAAAAGGAGUUCCUAAUUUAAAAAACAGUUGAUAUUGUCAUCUUUAGAAUAUUCUCAGAAACAAAGAACAUUUCUGGUUUGCUUUUUUACUGCUGUUUGUUUGUCUUGAUUCCAUAUAAAAUCACCUCAUUUUCAGAUGCAACACAGUUUUAUUAUUUUCAAUGCAGCAGGGACAAAAGAAACCCAAACCAAACAACAGAAACCCCCACCUUAUAAAUGCAUUUAGAAAGUAUGUAUCUUCCCACCUGUCAACCUUCUCUAAAAGAAAUCUUUAAUAUUACCUGCCUCAGAAAGAAGUAUAAGGAAGUUCUGUAUAUGUAUGGAAUAGAUGAUUGGGCCAAAUUUAGUACUAAUGAAUUGUUACUUAAAAAUCUAUGCGUAUACAUUGUAUAUGCCAUCGUUUCAGUGUUUGGUGCAUUCUGCUCCAAUAUUCCUUUUUUACAUCUUAAAAAAAAUAGUCUGCUAAUAUAAUAUUGCUACAUCUAUGUUCAGAUUUCAGGAAAAUAUUCAGAAAUUCAUGGAGAUUAUGGAUUAUGGAAAGUUCAAGCCUAAUUAGGGAGAAUUUAAAAAUUCACAUAUUUAGUCAACACAGGAGAAAUCAGUUUUGCUGUAGUUUUUACUUGUAUAAAAAUAAUGGCAGUUCCCAUUGUAGAAGCAGGCUGGUUUUAAGUCAUAAAAGCUAUAACUGCUGAGCACAGUAGCAUACACAUGACCUGAUAUCUAAUUGGAAAAUUGGGGGCAUCUUAUCAAAGAAAAGUGAAACAGGCCUGAUUAACCUAUGACAGUUGGAUCAUAGACUGGACAGCUUAGUAUUCUGCAUAAAUCUGAAUUACUUGAAUUUUUCUCUUUAGUCUCCCACUAUCCAUAUUAACAGGUAAAUAUAUUGACCUCCUUGUUUAAAUGUUCUUACUACAUUUUGUUUGACUUUAAGCCUUUCUUCAGUGAAAAAGCUAUACAUACUGCAGUUGCAACCAAAUACAUAUUUUUAAUGUAAACUCUGUAUGUAUUUAGAUGCAUAUAUAUGCUGUGCAUAAAUUCCAGGAUCAAGUUCUGAGUUACAGCAUCAGAUGGUAGCAUUGGGAACAAGUAUAAUAUUCUUUUUUGUGUGCCAUUUUUUAAUUGCCUUUAGUGCAUCAGAGUAAAAUUGGGCUCAGAGUAUGACGUAGAGUCCAGUGGUGCAAGAUCUCCAGUGACAAAUCAUUGAUGGUUUAGGUGGAAUGGAUUUAUGAGAGAGAGAUGGGAAUGCACAUGACAAACUUUAUCUGAAGCUGAGUAAUUUAAGGUACCUCUCUUAGAGAUCAAAGGGUAACCCAAAAUUCUUAAUACAUGCUCAUUUUUACGAGUUUUUUUUAAUGUAGUAGCAAUAGUUAUGUGUGGUUGCCAUUUAAACAUAGUAUUUUAGUCCAAUAAACCCAAUUACAUUUUAGGCUUCUAUAUUGUCAUAUAAAACUGUAGCUGUAGAAACGCAUCACUUUUUUGAUAUCCCCCCCGCCCCCAGAGGUUCAAUUUUGAUGUGAAGUAGUAACAAGUCAGGUUUCUCAUUUUGAGGUUUCUUCUGUACUGACUAAACUGGUAGCAGAGCUUCUGCUUCCGCAGAAGGCACAUUCAGGCACUCCAUUGAAUCACAAUGGGAGUUAUGUUUGGCACAAGUGUAGCUGAGGAACUCGACAUCUAGGUUCCUGGCACUUGAGCUGAGCGCUGUUGAAAUCAAAGAGGAGGCUGCCAUUGACUGCUGGCAGUGGUUUUAAGAAUAUCUUCUGAGGAUUAGCCCUGGGAAAGCUGAAGUGGAAUAUGGGACCACAUGGGUGAUGUUUUGAGGGGAAUAAGCUGAUGCAUGGGCUCAGGCUGGGUCAGUACCAGUGUGGCUGUGAUUCUUGUCAAGAAGGGGAACUGCACCAGUGGGAGUGGAAGGAUUCAAGGUAAACCCUUAUCUACACCAAAGCCCUUUAAUAUUGAUCCGGGCUUCAUGCAGGUCUGAUUUGGUGACUGCUGCGGUGCGUUACUCGUCUGAAUUACUUUUUAUGGCCAUUCCUAUUUAUUUCACUGUGGUUUAAUAUACAUAUGUGCAUAAUAAGCAGGAACUAGUGAGAGUUACGUUAACUUAUAAUGUAAUUGUCAGAUAUUUUAAAAAGCCUGUUGAUGAGAAGUAGUGUAAAUCUGCAAGUCAUUCAGUUGGUUAACUUCAAUGCAAAAAUCAUGUUUCAACAGACACAGUAACUCACAAGUAAGGAAGGACUUCUUCCACGUUCUUGUAGGCUUCUGCAGAUAGAUUACAGGAGCAUACAUCCAUCAGGGGCAUAGUAUCUUGCCUGGUGGCUAUUUUAAAGCAGAAAUAAUUAGCCUUUAUAACUUCCUUGUUCCAAGGUCUCCCAAAAGUAGCCCAAUUUUUGUAGCCCAUUCACUUGUUUUUAAGACAGAGCGGAAAUGUGAGGUUUAUUUGUAGAGCACUUGAUUCACUUUUUUUGUGCUUCAGAACUGUAUCAUGAAGUAUCACACUUCAGUCUUGUUUCUUCAAAAGGAAAUGUUUCUGUAAAACAUCACAAGGACAAGGAAACAGAGACAAGUCCAACUUAGAGCUGACUUUCCUUUGUCACUUUUGUAUUUCCUGACUGGUGACUCUUCUCUCUCCUUCACACUGUUGAAAUGUAUUUAAAAUGGUUUGUAUGUAAUGUUUCUUGUCUGCUUUUUGUCUCUAGAGGAAGGUGUGCUCUAUUCACACUUAUAUAAGCUGGAAUCAUAUUUUACAGUUGCUGUUGAUUAUUCCCCCCCCCCCAGAUGCAGUAUAAGAGGAAAAUGAACAUGGCAAAGACUGAUUUCUAGGGUUUGGUCUUCUGUAAAAGCUGAAAUAAGGAGAUGUAAAACUGCCAUUUUCCUUGUGAAAGACUGUAAAGAGAGCAUUACUUUCUGAGCGAGCUUUUCUGGAGAAGAGGGGGAGAAACCCUAGAAUGCAGAGUCUCAUCAGAACCCUUUUGUUAACGGGUAUUUUUGGUUUUCUCUCAAAUGGCUGAGAAAAUACCAUGUAUGAAUUUAUAAAUAAUUGCUUUCAGUUACUUCUUUUGUAUAAGCUGCCCAAUACCCUUGCUAUGCUGUAUAAGUUGUGUUUCAUGGAACAGUGUGAGUAUGAAAUAAAAAAAAGCUAAUUUUGGGGUUUUAAAUCGUCUGUGGAUGCCACUAUGAAAGCUGACAUUGUUAAAGCCACUACAGAGUUUUCUAUGAAUACUUGUAAGAAUUGCUUUGUUAUAUAUAAACCUAAAUAAAGAGAUUGUAUUGAUACAGAGACAUUGGAUAAGAACAUUUAAAAGGCUAUUCUUUAGGUCUAAAAGAAAAGGCUUGCUGUAAAAUGGUGCAUUAUUCCAUUUAUUAAAGAUCAUAUUAAUGACAAAAA